AGAAUUCCAUCCGUCUAGCUUCUGAAUCAUUACAGAAAGCAUAUCCAGCUCACCACGUCUUCACACAUCAUGAAAAAAAUGAAUGAACAUGGCUGAAUCUUAGGACAAAAUGUUGAGUUAAAAAGAUUUGACUAGCGUACGAGAAGAGGCUGGAUUUGUGUCCUGCAAUAUGCUGGUAAGGGUUUGGGAAAAUGCCUCAGUAUAAAAAUCUUGCCAACAAGCCCGGCCCAGAACCGAUUCAGCUCAGUACAGAUCCCGAGCAGAUCCCAAUGAGCCAAACUGCGAACCAAAGCACAACCCAACUGGGCACUACUCAAACCCUCCCGCCAGCUAGCAGCCCUGGCGCGCCGCAGGAAGGCCGGGGAGGCGCCGUGGGCGGGGCCGCAGAAGCAAGUGCUCGCCUUUCAUUGGCUCCCGGGCCGGAAGCCGCGGGGCUGUCCAGCUGCGCACGCGCCCUCCCAGUGCUCGGGAGCAACGCCUCCGGGACUGGCGCCGGCCGGCACCAUGCUGCGGCAGUGCGCUCUGCGGGUGCUGAGGGGCCCCCGCGCGGGGCACGGCUGUUGCCGCUACAGCUCGUGCUCGCCGAGCGCCAGCGGCGACGCUCGAGAAGCGCGGGCCUACUUCACGACCCCCAUUUUCUACGUGAACGCCGCGCCGCACAUCGGGCACCUGUACUCGGCGCUGCUGGCCGACGCCCUGUGCCGCCACCGUCGUCUCCGCGUCCCCGGCUCCGCGUCCACGCGGUUUUCCACCGGCACGGACGAGCACGGCCUGAAGAUCCAGCAGGCGGCGGCCACCGCGGGCCUGGCCCCAGGCGAGCUGUGCGACCGAGUGUCUGCCCAGUUCCAGCAGCUUUUCCGGGAGGCUGGCAUCUCCUCCACCGACUUCAUCCGCACCACGGAGGCUCGGCACAGAGUGGCGGUGCAGCACUUCUGGGGGUUGCUGGAGGCCCGGGGUCUGCUUUACAAAGGGAUCUAUGAAGGGUGGUAUUGCGCCUCCGACGAGUGCUUCCUGCCCGAGGCCAAGGUUACUCGGCAGGUGGGUCCGUCCGGGGAUCCAUGUCCUGUGUCUCUCGAGAGCGGACACCCUGUCUCCUGGACCAAGGAAGAAAAUUACAUUUUCAGGCUUUCCCAGUUUCGAGAACCUCUCCAGCAGUGGCUUCGAAACAACCCGCAGGCGAUCACCCCGGAGCCGUUCCACCGGGCAGUCCUUCAGUGGCUGGAGGAGGAGCUGCCGGAUUUGUCGGUUUCUCGGAGGAGUAGCCACCUGCACUGGGGCAUUCCGGUUCCCGGGGACGACUCGCAGACUAUCUACGUGUGGCUGGAUGCCCUGGUCAACUACCUCACUGUAGCUGGCUACCCAGAUGCAGAGUUCAAGUCUUGGUGGCCCGCCACAUCACAUAUCAUAGGUAAGGACAUUCUCAAAUUUCAUGCUAUUUACUGGCCUGCCCUUCUCCUAGGGGCCGGAUUGAGGCCACCCCAUCGCAUCUGUGUACAUUCGCACUGGACGGUGAGUGGCCAAAAGAUGUCCAAGAGCUUGGGCAACGUGGUGGAUCCCAGGACUUGCCUUGAUCGGUAUACUGUGGAUGGCUUCCGCUACUUCCUCCUUCGGCAGGGUGUUCCCAACUGGGACUGCGACUAUUAUGAUGAAAAGGUGAUUAAACUGCUGGACUCCGAGCUGGCAGAUGCCAUAGGAGGGCUUUUAAACCGGUGCACCGUGCACAGAAUAAACCCUUCUGGGAUCUACCCGACUUUCUGUGCUGCCUGUUUCCCCAGGGAGCCAGGGGGCACGGGCCCGUCAGUUCGUGUGCAGGCAGAAGACUAUGAACUCGUAAAUGCAGUGGCCACUUUGCCCAAGCAGGUAGCGGGCUAUUAUGAUGCCUUUCAGAUCUAUAAGGCUCUGGAGGCGGUAUCCAGCUGUGUUCGUCAAACUAAUAGUUUCGUCCAAAGGCACUCACCGUGGAAAUUGACCUGGGAGAGCCCUGCUGAUGCUCCCUGGCUGGGUACCGUGCUUCAUGUGGCCCUGGAGUGUUUGCGAGUGUUUGGAACUUUGCUUCAGCCUGUUACUCCCAACUUAUCGGAUAAGCUGCUUUCAAGACUUGGGGUCUCUGCCACUGAGAGAGGCCUUGGGGAGCUCGACUUCCUACCUCGAUUCUAUGGACGCCCAAGCCCUUUUGAAGGGAGAAGGUUGGGACCCGACACUGGGCUUUUGUUUCCCAGACUGGACCAGUCCAGGACUUGGCUAGGGAAAGCCGACAGAACCUAGGAACGCAGUUCUUACUGGCUGGUGGUAAAAGAACAAAUGUAGUUUUUGCAUUUUCAGGAAAGUUAAAGUGUUUAGAAAGUGUUAUCAGAGAUGAGCACAUGAACUGUGUCCUUAAGAGAAGAGCGACUGAGGUGCCUAACCCACCCUUUUCAUUUCUCUGUGCCACUAACCGCUGUACUUGGUUCCCUAGUGUCUCCAAGAGAAGGACGGUUGAGGGCGGGGCCAAGUUGCUGAUACUGUUCCUUCUCGUUGUCCCUUCUCCCAAACCAUGGCCCACACUACCUCUCAUAGCUUCUGCCCCUCAGGCUGAUUUGGCACAGUCCCUCCUUGAACUGCAACUGGGAUUCAAAGUCCCUGAGCUGUUUUUACAAAAGAGACUUUCUUUGCUUCUUUCUUUUUUUUUCUGAGAACUUUAGGAACCAGUGUCCUAGACUAGAUGAUUUUUGCCCAUGUUCCUACUCAGUUUUUAAGUUUGUACUCACUUUGCAGUUGUGCUCUGUACUACUGCACUUCAUCCAGUAGGGGGCUCUGCUCUCACAAUUCAGCCUCUUUACAGCGUGGCUUCAGGAGACUUAGAACUCUUUUCAGCUUUCUAAAUUCGCAGAUCUUUAGACUUUUACCGUUUUUCUUAAAGGAUAACCUUGAAACCACUGUUAUUUUAACAAUACAAGAUACUAGAGUUCUCAUUUUAAAACUACUGAAAGUGACAUGUACAGUAAGCUAGUAGGUAAAUGUAACAGGUUUGUAUGAUAAACUAAAGCUCUUGAGGUACACUGCGUAGCACAAGUAUGAAUUUCAGUAGUGGUUAUAUGUAUAAUGCAUCUAUAAAGCCCUCAAAAGGGUAGUAUUCUCUUUAUAUUUCUUAUUUCUUAACUUAGCCAUAUAUAAUUUACCUCAUAUUACUUUUUUUGGCCAAUCAGGAUACAUAAUACAAAAUCAUGCAAUAUUAUUAAUAUAUUUGUCAAAGUAAUUUUUGUUGAUUACUUUUGUUUGAGACAAGGUUCAGUCUCCUGCCUCAACCUUUCAAGUAUUGGUAUUAUAGGGUGUGCCACAAUGCCUGUCUUGUUCUUUCAACUUGUUAAUAAAGUUUGAUCAUAACUACGUUA